CCAUGGAGCCGCCCGCCGCGAGCCCGCCCGCCGGCGUGCCCCCGUCCAAAGGAAAAUCCCGGAGGAAGAAGGAUCUACGAAUCACCUGUGUGUCCAAGCCACCGGCGCCCAGCCCCACGCCCCCCCGGAACCUGGACUCCCGGACCUUCAUCACCAUUGGAGACAGGAACUUCGAGGUGGAAGCUGACGACCUGGUGCCCAUCUCGGAGCUGGGCCGGGGGGCCUAUGGGGUGGUGGAGAAGGUGCGGCAUGCCCAGAGCGGCACCAUCAUGGCCGUGAAGCGGAUCCGGGCCACCGUGAACUCGCAGGAGCAGAAGCGCCUCCUCAUGGACCUGGACGUCAACAUGCGGACGGUUGACUGCUUCUACACUGUCACCUUCUAUGGGGCCCUCUUCAGAGAGGGAGACGUGUGGAUCUGCAUGGAGCUCAUGGACACUUCCCUGGACAAGUUUUACCGGAAGGUGCUUGAUAAAAAAAUGACGAUUCCAGAGGACAUUCUGGGGGAAAUUGCUGUGUCUAUCGUGAGGGCCCUGGAGCACCUGCACAGCAAGCUGUCCGUGAUCCACAGAGAUGUGAAGCCGUCCAACGUUCUCAUCAACAAGGAAGGCCAUGUGAAGAUGUGUGACUUCGGGAUCAGUGGCUACUUGGUGGACUCUGUGGCCAAGACAAUGGACGCUGGCUGCAAGCCCUACAUGGCUCCAGAGAGGAUCAACCCAGAGCUGAACCAGAAGGGCUACAACGUCAAGUCUGACGUGUGGAGUCUUGGCAUCACCAUGAUUGAGAUGGCCAUUCUGCGGUUUCCUUAUGAGUCCUGGGGGACCCCGUUCCAGCAGCUGAAGCAGGUGGUGGAGGAGCCAUCCCCCCAGCUCCCAGCUGACCGUUUCUCCCCAGAGUUUGUGGACUUCACCGCACAGUGCCUGAGAAAGAACCCCGCGGAGCGCAUGAGCUACCUGGAGCUGAUGGUGACUGCCUUCUGUCCCCACCAGGAACACCCUUUCUUCACCUCGCACCAAACCAAGAAGACCGACAUUGCUGCCUUUGUGAAGGAGAUCCUGGGAGAGGAUUCGUAGGGGUGGGGCCUUGGGCCCCACUCCGGCCCCACGGCGCCCUGCAGCCCUCUGCUGGGCAGUGCUUGCUCACACCCAUAAGCUACUGCCACCCUGGCCUUGGACGUCCAGGAGGAACCAGGAGGACUGCUCCUGCCUGACCGGCAACAGUGCCAAAGAACCAGGCCAUCGGGGCCCCAGUGCCUCUGCCCCCGCUGCUCCAAGGACCCCGAGACCCUGGACUUGAGGGCACGACGCCCCUCAGAGAGAAGGCAGUGGUGCCUUGUGCGGGCCACUGCCUUGGCCCAGCCCUAGAUGCCGCCCGAGUUGUAUAUUUUUUUAAUCUCUCCACUGAAUGGACUUUGCACACUUGGCCCAGGGUGGCCACACCUCUGUCCCGGCAUUGGUUGGGGACACGAUGGGGGAUGAGCCACGUGAAUCCCGGAGCCCCCAUGAGGCAGAUGGCAGGGCCGCCGAGGCCUUCACCCCAGCACUGGGCAACGACCUCUGAGGGCACUGGGGUCGCCCAGCCCCCACCUGCUGCCUCUGUGGGUAUUGUUUCACUUUUUUUUUUAAUUUAUCCUCUUGAUUUUUUUUCUUUCGCUUUGUGGGUUUGGCUGGUUUUUCUUGCAUGGUUUGGAGCCGAUCACUUUUCUGUCACCUUUGAGGGGACCAGCAGGCCAAGACCCACCCUCUCUCCUCAGGCUGGGUCUAGGGGGGUGGGCCCAAGGUCUCUGCUCAGAGAGGUGCUAGGGGAGCCAUCCAGCUCACUCUUCCUGGAGACCGGCUCAGCAGGGGCUGUGGAUUUGCUUUUGGUAUUGUUUAAAAAAAAGAGAGAAAAUAUAUUUUUUUGAAGAUAGAACUUCCCAUCCCAGGUCCUGUCCCUCAUAGGUUGGGACAGUUACCUGACUGCUGUUUUAAUUUAAAAAAAAAAAAGUGGGACAAAA